AUGGAAGCGUCAGGCAACGGCUUAGGAGCGGCGAAGCCUUUUCCAGUCUUUCCCGCGCAGAUGACCUCUUCUCUGUCGUGUGACGCCCUUCCUGCAGCGCGAGCCUGCGGCGCCAGUACUCAGCGGCCUGCGACGAAUUCGCCCUUAUCUGCGCCCAGGGCAGCCAAUGAAGCAACACCCUUUGCGUCGACUGGCUGGUCGCGGUGCUUUCCGCACGGACUGGCUCCUGACGAUCUAAGUGGAGCCGCUUCUGCAGACGGCAGCCGACGGCCUUCUUCCGCCGCGCAGUCGGAGACACUGGGUCCGCUCGGUAGUUGGGCUCCAGCGAGCGAACGGGCACCCAGCGGUCGCAGAGCCGCGGACCACAGGAGCGUGUCGCCAGCUCGCAUGCGGCGAGGAGGAAGCCCUGGCCGUGAAACCCUUUCAUUAGAGCGUGAACCGCUUUGUCCGAGGACCGACACGAAUUACUGUCUGGGAGAGAGAGGCGGAGAGCUCGCCAUGCCUCGAGAAAGCAGGUACGCGUCUGCCGCGGGGGAUCUCGACUUGGCGCGAGCAGGCAAAGACGGGAAGAAAGGCGGCCUUCGCCUGCUGUCCUCCGUGCCGCUCCUGGCGGCUUCUGCAUCGUCUGCGUCUUCUUUGGCGUCCUUUGCGGACGCGCCGAGGAGCUGUGGCGACGGCGGACAGAGCCGAGGGCGCGCCACUCCGAGUCUGUCGCGCACACUCGCCCAGCAGCUGUCUCACCGCUCUCUCGCCUCGUCCCCUACUGGCCGCUCGCUGCCGCAUGCGGCCUGCUCUUCCGUGCCGUCUCUGUUUCCGCUUCGCUUUCGUCUCCCUCCGUUGCCGAUUCGCCUUCUGCUGCCUUCCUCGCUCGACGAAGAAGCCGAAGAGGAGCCUGCGAAGGAGUUCGCCUCCACGACGUCAUACGACCCCGCGGCGCCGCCCCUCGCGGCUCCUUCUUCUUCCUCGUGCUCAGGGGGGCCUUCCUCCUCCUCCUCGUUCUUGGCGUGCUCUGACUCGCUGUCCCUCGAGGAGCUCGCCUCGGAUUGUCGCCGCGGAGAGGCUGGGCUCUUUCUCUCGAGCAAGACGCGCCGCGACGACAGCCAGUUCCGCAGCGCUUCCGCCAGUCAGCGCGAACGCGAGGGCAGUGCGAAGAGGCCUGCCGAAGACCCGCGCGUAAAGCCAGCUGUUGGCCCAGAAGGGAACGACGAGGCCGCAGCCGCGGGGGACGCUCAGGAGUUCCAGCACCCGCACAGUGCGGCCUCAGGCGAUCCGCGAGGGCGGCGGGAAGGCCCCUGCGACGGGGCGCAGCGUGGCGUCGGCGCGGAGCCGGCAGAGUCGAGCGACCGCCGCUCUUUCCGCUCAGGCUGUGUUGUAGAGGGUGCCGGGCGGGAGGUCGGAGCGUUUGGCGGGAAAGAAGACGAGAAAGGCGGCAGCGUUCAGCUCGAACCGAGAGCGCAUGCUUCUGCGAUUCUUCUCGGCCGGCCUUAUGUCACCGAAGCCGAGCGAAAAGACGAGUGUUUGCCCCAGCUCGCCGCCUCUUCUUUCUUCAGCAAAGCCGUUGGGCCUCACUUCGCCGCGCUGCCCUCUGCUCACACGGAGCCGCACCCUCGAGGGCUGCCCGCUGAGAAGCUAUCCGCCCUGGGACGCGUCACACCGAGAGAGACAGAUCAGGGGCUCUUUCUGGUCUCCGCCGCCUUCUUCUCGAGUGCCGCGAGGCGCCAAAGCGGAAACUCAGUGGCUACCCUCAACACGCGAGAGAAGGAGACGCACCGAUCGCCGCUGCCGGUGAACUCUCACGCGGCGAGUCCCUUCGCGGCCGACCGUUCGUCUUCCUCCUCUUCGUCUUCCUCCUCUUCUUCGUCGCAGGAUCUACCACCUUUAUCAAACGCUUCUUCCUCCUGCCGCCUUAAUGAGGAAGGCGGCGAUCUCUCGCCUGCGUCUGCGAGGGAAGAACGGCAGGCCGCAGUCGCAGCCGAAGAGAAACGCGAAGCGCAGGCCGCUCCGCCCCCCGAUGGCGGCCCUUUUUCUCCUUCGCUUCUGCGCCUGGAGAGCGAGGGAAUGGCGAGCAACAAGAGACAGCCCGACGCAAGGAACGAAGGCGGACUGGAGGUCGCGCGCACCGCCGAGCGUGCGCCGACUGCGAGAAAAAGCGGAAGCCCCGGCGCCGAUGCGGCGGGACCGGCUCUGGUAGGAGACGCUAAGAGUCGAGAAGAAGCCCCCCGCGGGGGUCCGCUCUUCUCCAGGCAACACGCAGACAGCCAAGAGAGUUUGUCGGCUUCGCGGUUUUUUCAGCUGCUCGAGGCGUCUGAGCCUUCGUCGUGUCUGUCGCCGCCGUCACUGGAUGCCGCGGCUUCUCUGUUUCUGCCCUUUUCCUUCAAUCUUGUUCAGCAAACUAGCGACGCUCCAACCGCUUCUCUCACUGGAUCUUCGUCUUCCUCGUCUCCCUCCUCGGCGUCUGGCGACUUUGCCGGACGCGCCGAGAGCCCGAAAGCUGCGCCUGCGUCGCGCGACUGCUCAGGGGGGGGAGGUGUCGGCCUCAGCGGGUCCGCGUCGUUCGCUGGCGCCCGGAGCGCAGGAUCGCCCCGCGUGUUGUCGUCCCCACCGCAUGCCGAGUUGGGAGGCGCGACCGCGGAAAGCGCUUUCUUUCCCGCGUCGGCGAGUUCGCUUCUCGCGCGAUAUCGGUCUUCGUCGUCUCCGCGGCUCUCCUCUCCCUCCGCGCAGGCCUCUUCAGCUUCGUCUUCCUCUGCGGCGGUCGCGACCGCGACCCAGGGGCUGCGGCGCUCCUCGCUGCCUUCGUCUCUCUCCUCCUGCCCCCCACGGCCUCUCUCCGGCGCAGCCCUCCCUCCUUCCUCCUCCAGCGCGGCUGCCGCGGCGAUUUGGCCUCCCCCUUUCUCUUUUGCUGCAGCUUCGUCUGCCGCUGCUUCUUCUGCCUUCCAGGCACACUCCGCCUAUUCCCCUAGCCCGGUCGUUGGGUCCACCGGCGUCUCAGGUGCUCCGGCGCCUGUGGGCUCUGUCUCUCUCUCCGCGGCCGCAGCCGACAAGCCGGGGCUUUCGCGGACGCCUGAUCUCACGCCAGCAAGGCGCGUGGCGGCCGAGGCUGCUGAGGGAGAUCUGAAAUUCGAGGCAAGCGCGCGCGGAGUUCCUAAGAGGAACAGCCGCCAGGAGUGCCGGUCGCCCCUGCGACUCUGCGUAGAAGCCCUUCGGCCUUCCGCAGACCCGCAGCACGAGGCGUGCAGCGAGCCGAGCCGGGGCGGCGGGGGAGAAGAGCUCACGUUGGUUUCGUGUGCUCAGAUAAAACUCGCAGGCCGCAUCGAAAAUCAAGUCCGACCUGAAGCGAAGAGUGUAGUAGACGCAGAAGCGAAAGCCGCGCAGACACAGAAGAAGCCCUUCGAUUACAGCGCGUUGCGUCGACACAUCCGAGGCGUCCCGGGGGCCCUGGCGUCUUUCUCUUUGGCUUCAUCGUCCUGUACGGUGCCGUCUGCACCCGCGGAGACAGCGCGCUCUGCGCGCGACCCCGCUGCCUCGCUUUCGCCGUUGGCUUCCUCGCUGCUGCCUUCGACUGGAACACGCAUGCCGCCCCACGAAGCAGACGCGAAGGCACGUGCAACGCUGCUGUCGCGCUGGCCGUCUUCCUGCGCGUCUGCGUCUUCCUUCCUCCUCUUUGCCUCUCAAGCGGAGAGCGUCCUGGGGUCGUUGGGGGCGAAGGAGGGCGAGGACGACGCCUGCAACCCGGGAGACAAGGCAGCGAAGGAGGCGAAAGCUGGGAAGCGGGACUCUCGAGCGCCCUUGUUUCCGUCCUGCUCGCAGGACUCUGAGGAAACGGCCAUGUUCAGCGCGCGGCAUAGCCUGGAGGAAGAAGGGCGGCCGUUCGACCGAGAGCCAGAUAAGAAAUUUCAGGCAGAAGCUCAAACCGGCAGUCCAUUUAUGGCCGGGAGGAAAGGAAUCGCUCCGUCUCUUUCUUCGGGUCUCGCGUCGGCGGCGAGACUCGCAAACAAGCGCUUGGCAGACGCGGCCUCGCUUGGAGAGUCAAGAGAAGAGAGGCCGCCACGGCCGCUGGCCUCCUCUGCGCUGCGGGAGGCUUCUCUGCCUCUUUUCGGCGCAGAACUGGAGAUCUCUCCCCCCUGCUGUCCCCCUCCUCUGUCGGCUCCCGCGUCUGCGCGGGGGUCCGCCUUUGCCCCCGUCUGCCGCGAGGCGCGUUCGCCGGAGUUGCUCGGCGCCGCGCGCGGAGAGACUGUCGAACAAGGCCUCGAAAAGGCUGGGCUCAGCCUGGCAGCGCCAGUCUCCGCUGCCUCGCUGUGGGCGCGCCUGAGCGCCCGCACGCAGCUGCCGUCGAUGCCGAGCCCUGGGCUCCUUCUCGCCCCUCUCGAUGACUCCGCCGAGACGCCGACGCGAGCGGAGGUGGCGACCUCUGAAGCGCGCGGCCGCCGCUGGGAGAUAGGAGGAAACGCCCGCGCGGACGGCUCGCCCGCUUUCUCGUCUUCGCGACCGGACGGCGGCGCAGGGAGCCGCGAGAGAGCUGGCAACGCGCGGAGCCUCUUCGGCGCCUCCGCCCGUUCGCCCACGCCCAUGGAGAGACGCGCGAGUCCGUUCGCCACCUUCGUGGCCUCGCAAGAGCGACGCGCCGGGGAAGAGGAGACUCGCUUGCGCCGACGCGAGCCAACCCCUCCGUCGCUUCAAAAGAGAGAGAGAAGGGGAGACGGCGGCAGGCAAGCGACGGGCUGCUACGGCGUGCACUCCCCUCUAGAGGGGACGUCACGCCGCGCGCCGGAAAAACAGGAGAGAGAAGAGGAAUCUGCUUCCCUGCUGGCGGCUCGAAUGACGAAGGAGCAGCAGCGGGCGCUUCGCGAGACCUUGGACCUGGAGUCCCGUCUGGUCGGGGCGAUGCGCGGCUCCGGCUUAAAUUCGGGCACGACGCGCGACGCGCGGGGGUCUCCGCGGUCGUGUGUCUCCGUGGCGACCGCUUGCUGGGUUCCUUGUUCGCGGCGCGACGCAGGCGACAGAGAUGCCCAGCCCCUGCCGACGAGCGGGGAAGCACGCGGCGAGCGGAGGCGAGAAGAGAGAGUCAGACUGUCGCGCAGGACGGAGAGGCCGAGUUCAGGGUGCUCGAGUCGAGAUUCUCCUCGGGAGGAGGACGCCUACGGAGACGCCGUGAGCAGGCCCGGGAGAAGGCGCUCGGCGUCUCCUGCGGCGGAGGCCAAAGCGAAGCACGUCGCGCGCCGCGAGUCGCGCGAGCGGGAGGCGGAAUAUCGAUUGCAGCGCGGCAGGAAGAGCCGAGAGGAGAGGAACGAGAGGCGACGGGAGAAGGCGCGGCGAGGAGCGGGGCGGUGGAGUCGCAGCGACGCCAAGAGACGAGACGAACUCGACAGGAGUGGACGCAGGGAGAGGAUGCAUCGGUCCCCAGACGGGAGAGAGCGACGGCGAGAGCGAAUGCACGGGCGUGAAGGGAGACGCGAGGGAGCAGGCGGAAGCAGAGAACAAGACGGUGAACUCGGAUUCGUUCUUUCAAGGUGCCGGGAUCCCUGCGAAGGAGCCGGCGCGUUGUCGAGGCCGAGUCGUCGUCGGUUUGGGUCUGGGAGCUCGGGUCGCGACGUCGACAGGCAUGAAGAACGCGGAAGACAAGUCUCGGUUUUGCAGCGGCUUCGAGAAGAAAGAGCGCGGCUAAGAGCCCAGGCUGACCACGUUGAACUCCGAGAGCAUCAAGUGGAGCUCCUCGGAGCUGUCCAGCGACUUGCACUAGACCAGCGGCAACUCGAGGCGAAGGUCGAGUCGCUCGCCUCGCAGAGAUCGUCGCGGCGGUCCUUGUCGCUCCGGUUUCCGGAGGCGAGGGAUGUUCCACUUUUCCGGGCUCCACUGAAGAAGACCGUCUCUUCGUCGCAUCCUCCCUCCGCGCUUGACCGCAGCGAGAGCGACCGAGAAGGGCGAGAGAGCCGCGCCUCUCGGUGCCUGCUGCGUCAACGCGAAAAGCCUUUCGCGCCUGCCUCGCGGGAGUCAUCUCCCCGUCGUUGCCCUCCCCCCGCGGCGCCGAAUUAUCCACCUUGGGCUUCGUCGUUUCUCCAUACCCAAGCAAGGGCCUCUACGUGGCUCGGCGCUGCUUGCCUGGACUCGGCUCGCAAGCCCCCGCUGUCUCCUCCCUCGCCGUCCUGCCGGCAUGUAUCUCUUCCCGCUGAGCGCCUGCCGGGUUUCUCUGCGCCUCAGGCCCGCGACCGGCCUUCGUCGGCGUGUCUCAACCCUCAGUCUUCUCCUCUCCCUGCGUUCAAGUUCUCGCUUCGCGAGAGAGACGCGGCGCGGGCAGCCUCGCCGUGCGAGGACACGUCGCUGCCUCGGCAGCAGCCCAGCUCGCCCGCGCACUGCGCGCGGGAUCCGCUCUCCCCGUCGUGUUCCUUGCUCCCUUCGUCUCUUUGUCCGCCUCGCGAGCUCUCCGCUCGCACGUUUUCUUCUCUCGCCUCCGGGUCCCAGCCCCCCCGGUCGCGUCCCGCUUCCUCUUGCUCUCAGCCGCUCGGGGCGACCUCGGCGCCCGCGGACGCAGGGAACGCGAUGGAGGGAGUGCUUCAUAAAAUCCUGAAGCUGAAAGAAGAGACGCGAAUGUCCUCGAGCUGCGUCGCGGCCUCUGAAGGCCCCAGGCAGGGCUCGGGCUCCGCGUCGGCUGAGAAGAGAGGCGCAGACGCGCGCCACCCCAGGGAGCAGGACAGCGGCAAACAAUCUCUCUUCUCUGCGCCUUUCUCGAGUGCGUUCGAGAAGCAGAAAAAGCCUUGCCCUGCGUCUGCUGAUGCCCGCGGCACGCCAGCGAGGCACCCGACCGGCCUGACUGAGAGGGAACACGACGACAGAGGGGGUCGGAGCGAGACGGGGACCUUCUCUUUUGGUCGCCACCGCAGCAGGCAGGCCGCGGACGCUGCAGAAACGGAGAGAGGAAGAGAGGAGAGACUACUUUGGACGAAUCUCCUACACUCUGCGAAGCACGGACAGCGAUCCCGUCGCGCCUCAGCACGCGCGGGCGAGCCGCCGCAAGAGUCGAACGGCGAAGGAAGAGAAAAGGACGCAAAGUCGACGACGGAAUCUGGGAAAAGGGCGCCUGAGGAGGCCCCUGUGGAGAUUCGUGUUUCCAAGGCUGCCAGCCACCUGAAGCGCGGGUUUUCGGGUUCGAGCGGAAGUGACAAAGAUGAGAGAGAGGGCAGGGCCGGCGGGGCGACGAAGAAACCCGGCGCGAAGCCCGGAGACAAGGAAGGCGGGCACCAUUUCUUCGCGUGGAAGGCUCUGUCGUCAACUCAUUCGGGGAAAGAGAGACUCACGAAAGAGCGGAAAGCCGCGAACUCAACUGCGACAAAAAUGCACUCCUUGCCGCCGCCUUCCUCAGGGCUCCGUCACGCCGCGCGGUGCCAGAGCCAAGGCGCCCUGGAGACCUGCACAGGACGAAGCAGAGGAGAAGCAGCGGAGACCGAGCGGAGAGGCGCGCGGCAAUUCGAAAAGCAAGAGACUGGCGGAGACGUGGAGCUAGAGAAAGACCUGGAGACACCCGAACUGCGGCAGCUGCGCAACCACGCGGCGCUGCACGACAUCCCGAGAGAAGUCGCCUCUCGCCUCUCGCGGUCGCCACCUGCAUCUUCCGCUCGCGCGGACCUCACAGAGGAGGGAAGAGGAGAAGCGGGUGAGCUCAGGCGACGAGGGAAAAAAGGAUGGAAGCAGGGAGAAGGCGUGGGAAGAGACGAAACAGAACGAAGAGCAAGCCUAGCACCGUCAGUCGAAGAGGAGUACCUCGCGGCCCUUGAGCGGCUCAGAUGGAAGUAUCGCACUAAAGCCAGAUCGACGCAAGAGGAUGACUGA